GAGUGCAUCAAGAUGGGAAGUGUCUUGGUUGUGCCACAGUCUCAGGAGGAAACUGAGUUCCUGGUCCAGCUACAGCAAUCCAACUUUUGGAUAAACUGCAAUGAUCUCCAGGAAGAAGGUACUUGGAAGUGUGAGAAUGAUGAGGCUGAGUUCAGGAAUUGGUGGACUAGUCCACAGUGGGGGCCGCAACCUGAUAACAGGAGAGGUAUUGAGCACUGUGCCGAGAUGUGGGUAGAUCAAGAAGCGGAAUGGAAUGAUGUGCGAUGUGAUGCUCAACUCCCUGCAAUAUGCAACCAACCUGCACCACAGCUGCACUUUUAACCAUGUUAACCGGCAAAAGUUAUUAUUGACUGGCAAUCAAAAAUGGACACCAUGCAAUUUGCCUACUUAGUAGAGAUUUGAACCCACAACGAUGAGAACAAAAUACUCAAUCUGUCAAAUAUAGCUUCACUGUUCAAGAUGAUGGGAAAAAAACUCUUUAUAGCAAUAAAAGACACUGACCAUUACAGGAAUUGAACCCCAUCACCACAAAUUGACAACACUCUACCAAAAAAUUCCAAGCUCAGAAGGUUCAAGGCACACAGUAGAAAGAAACAUACAUGUAAACUUGGUUAAAAUACCAAACAAAAUUUAAAUGACAAAACAAUGAGAAUGCUGCUAAGUGUUAUUUUUAUGUUUAGUGAAGCUACAUGUACGUGCUUAAUGUGUAAAAUACCAACAAGAGUUUACUGCUAAUGCUUUUUUUCUAAAUUACUUAAAGAAUAAAAUUCUGAUAUGGAAUUUGAUUUGUCCUAGAAAAGAGGCAAACUUUUAACUCAAACAACAUCAAGCAGAAAGGAUGUAAACAAUUCUUUCAAAAUAUAGCGUUACAUGUGUGUCAGCAGGUCUGAUGACCAUAGUGAGUUUUUUCGCUUUUGCUGACCAUUUUGUCCACGCGGUCAUAGGUUUGUCUUAUU